AUGGAUGGAGAUGCAAAGUUAAUAUUAUCAUUAAUUGCAAAAAUUAAUAUGAAAUUACCAUGUAAUAGUGGUAAAAAAUUAGAGAUUUUAGAAUCAGAUCCUUUAAUGUUACAGACAGUAAAUUCAAUAAUCGAUUUAUCAAGAUAUAGACUUAGUUUUAUAGCAGAUAAUCUUGCGCGUUUGUUAGAGACCAUAUCAAAGACAACAUUACCGAAUGCUACUGAAGAAAACAUUCCGAUUGAUAUUUUGCAAUCUCAAUUAUUCAUUAUUAAAAUACUUUCAGCAUGUGUAAUAAAUCAUUGGACAUUCGUUCAAGGAAUAAAUCGUUCAUUAGCAAAACAACCACAAUCAGAAACUACCCAAACACAUUUGGGAGGUUCCAAAUCCAAUCAUAACUAUCAUAAUUCCACAAAUGGUCAUAGAGUAUUCAUACCACCAAAAUCAUCUGAUGAUCCUCCUCCAUUAGAGGAUUUUCUUGCUAAAUUUAUUUUAAGUGUUUUAUCAAGGUUUCUUCAGCAAAUGGCUAAUUUAGAAGAUAAUACUAAUAGCGACAAACAAAAUUUAAAUUUAAAUGCUCAAAAUCAGGCUUCAAUAAGUUUAUCUGCAAAUUUAAAUUUGGGUUCUAUUAUAUAUGAAAUUAUCUCUGAUAUUUACAGGCAUGCUGGCCAUGUUAUUUUUUACAUAAGCGCCUCAAAUUGGAAUGUUGUAUUUUCAAGAAUUAAGAGCAGAAUAGGUUAUUUGACAUCUACAAAUGAUGACUGGCCAGAGACUGCAGAAUUAAAAUUUUUGGAAUGCUCUGAUUUAAAUUCAAAAAGAUUAUCAAUAGUUAUACAAGCUAUGGCCCAGGUUUUACGUAAAUCUAUUUGGAAUUGGAUUAAAGUUUUUCCUGAAGAAUUUAUAGCUUUAUGUCAAAGUGAAAAACGUCUGGAAGGUGGUCCUGAAAUUUUAUUUGAUAUUUGUAAUAAUCUAGCUGAUAACAACCGUAGGAAACAAUUUUUUUGGCCAUUACAGACAAUGUUGUUGAUUUUGUGCCCUGAUAUUCUUCAUAGCGCGGCAUCGAGUGAGCGUACACCUGUUAUGUCAAAAAAAAAUUUGAAAAGUUCUCUAAAAAGGCCUCGUUUAGCUGAAGUUGCCGUUGAAUGUUAUGUUGAUAUAUGUAAAGCUUCAACUUAUGUGUCUAGGAAAGAUUCAAAAGCUUUACGUUUGAUUGUACCAGAAAUCGAGAAUGAUUUACAGGAAAGACUUUUUGAUCCUGCUAGAAGCUUGACAUACGAUAAUCAAUUUGAUCAAAGCCUUAUGACUGAUUGUUUGAUUGCCUUAUUCAAAUUAAACGAUACUACUUUAAAAUCAUUAAUUCCGGUCUGUCUAAAUGAAAAUGCACCGAGUGUUUUCAAAUUAGUAUUGGUUAAAAGCUGUUAUGUUAUUGCUUCAGAUGAAAAUAAAUUUCCUUGGAACCCGCAGCUUUCAACAAUGUAUCCUGUUCUUGCUACACCACUUCGAAGUUUAUUUCAUCAAUAUAUUACCAGUCGUGAUAAGCUAGAUGUUAAGAAAAAGAAGCAAACAAAAGAAAGACCAGAUGAAACCAACGAAAGAAUGGAAAUUAUUUUAACGAUCUUGAAAUUGUAUAAAUCUGAUCCUUUGCUAGUACUUAUACAUAGUGAUGCAAACGAGAACCCUGAGGAGAUUCAAAUGGUCAUUUACGGGAUGACUCUAUGUGUAAACGAUUACAAUCCUGUAAUUCGCACCACUGCAGCCGAAACAUUAUUAAAGUUACAUGAUUUAAAAUACAUUGAACAAUGGAGUCCAAAUGGUAAAAAGAUGCGUAAUUUUUGGGCUAUCAGUUCACAAGUUAUGUUAGCUAUUGCUAGACAAAUAUUAGAAUAUAAAGAACCUGAAGAGAGUACAAAAUAUUUGCUUGAUCUUUUACUUCAAUUAUUUAAACGACGUAACGAAUUCUUAAAAGCUCAUAAGGCUCAGCUAACUGCUGAACUUAUAGGCGACGAAGUAGACAUUCAAGCUGUUCCACCCUCAGAAUUACCAAUUGUAGAGAAUAUGGAUGUAUAUUUGGAGUUAUCUUCAGAACCAUCCAUAGUUCCAGGACGAAUUGCACAACAAAAACGUAUAAGAAAGUUACUUCGGUUGAUGAAGAAACCCACCCCAGGAAAUCUUGCAGCAUGGGAAGAAGCUUACAAACGUUGGAAAGUAUUGACAUCAUUGAUUGCAAGGUCAACAGAUGACCAAACAAUAUUAGAAGAUGUGGGCAAAAAAAGAAUGGCAAAAAUGGCUAAUCAAUUUACUGUAGUACCUACAGAUUCUCAAUCAAAUGAAUGGCUGAAUUACACUGGAUUUCUUGCAGCAAUAGGAGGGUGUUGUGUUAACGAAAAGCAAAUAAAUAUAAAUGGUGAUGGCAAAUUUUAUGAUCCUUCAGGAAAUGAGCAUAAUGAACAUAUAAUUGUAGGUCCUCAAGGAUCUGAUUAUCAUUCAAUGGCCGAGCAAUUUGUUCAAGAGAUGUUUGAUUUGUUGGUAUGUGAUACAGUUUAUGUUCGUGAAAAUGUUAAAGAGAUGCUUGGUUCAGAAUUGAGUCCAAGAUUAUAUGUUAUUCUUUUUCGAAAUCUUGAGUCAGUUGUUUCACGGUUUUUUGAUGCAGAUGGGGAGGCAAAGUCAAAUGAAAGAUGCACAAUUUUUGCGGAACAAGCAAUAUCUAUUUUGAAAUUGAUACUUGAACGUAUUCAAGAUGCAUCCGAAAAUUUGUAUACAGUUGAUCUUGGUGGACUUGUUUUAUCAUUUGCCCGAUAUUUAAAUAGACUAGAAUCCAACAGUGUGGCACUUCGUGUCAAAAAAAAGAUGUGUCAACUCGCCGAAGUAUUAAUGAUCAAGAAAGAUUAUAUUACCCUCCGGCAAGAGAUCAAAUUAAGAAAUAAAUUAUUAGAAAUAUUUAUUGAAUGGACAUUGGAUUAUUCUAUGAAAACUGAUGGAAAAGGCAAUGAUGAUAUUUCAUCGAGUAAGAGUGAACGAAUGCAUCGUGAUCUAGAUCAGGCUUGUUUAAAAGCAAUUGUUUCCAUUUUGGCACAAUUGCCUUUACAACCAUCGGAGACAGUACAUGAAGCAGAUCUUAGCCUUGCCAUUGAUAGCGGAACACAAUCUGCAAAAAAUAAUCCUGAUUUACAAUUGCUUUUGUCAAGGUCUAAAGAAUAUGUCAAAGAUCUAGGUCCAUUGAAAGAUUACACUAUUUUGGCAUUAAGUAAUUUGCUUAGUGCUAAUGUGGAUUCAGGGCUAAAGCAUUCUCUUUCGAUGGGUUACCAUGAAGAUACUAAGACAAAAACUGCUUUUAUGCAAGUACUUACAAACAUAUUAAACCAGGGCACCGAAUUUGAAGGACUUGCUGAAAAUGCAAUGGAUGAUAGAUUUGAUAAGCUUGUGGAGCUAAUAACUGAUUCUGAUUUGAGUAUUGCGCUUUCACUUUGUGAAGUCUGUCCUGUGUCUGAUAUUGAUGAAGUUUCCCGAGUUCUUUUAGCUGUUUUUGAUUCACGUCAUCAAACCAUGCCUUUGCUAAAAGCUAUUAUUGAAAAAGAAGUAGCAAAUACAGAAUAUGAGUCAGAUUUAUUCCGUCGCAAUUGUAUGGCCACUCGUAUGUUGACAGCCUUCGGCAAAACUCACGGAGCUGAAUAUUUACGUAAAACCUUACAGCCACUUUUGGCUAAUUUGUUAAAUCAACAAAAUGAUUUUAGUUAUGAGCUUAAUCCUGCAAAUUUAGGACCUGAUGAAGACAUUUCAAAAAAUUUACAGAAUUUGAUAAAUACUGCAAAAUCAUUUUUAGAUGGUAUAUGUGCAUCAGGCCUCUGUCAUUAUAUUGGAAAAUCUGUAGAAAAAAAAUAUCCACAGGCGAAAUGUACAACUAUUGGUGCUUUUAUAUUUCUUCGAUUUUUUAAUCCAGCUAUUGUGGCACCAGAUAGUGAAAAUCUUUGCGAUACCAUCAAAAACGCAAAAAUCCGCCGAACAUUAUUGCUAGUUACCAAAGUUAUACAAAAUCUUGCAAACAAUGUUCUUUUUGGUGCAAAAGAACCCCAUAUGAUUUUGUUGAACAAUUUUUUGGAUGAUAAUAUUGUUAAGAUGACUGCUUUUCUUGAAGAAGUUUCCGAAUUACCUAUUAAUACACUUGCCGAACAUGAACCGAGGGAGGCAUCUAAUAUAAAUAGAUUAAGUGACGCUAGUCAGAAAGCAUUCCAUAGACAUCUUGUUGAAAAUCAAGAAAGGAUUGCCAAAGAUCUUCAAACAUGUAGGGUAAAAUCUAUUAGCUCUACAGUGCACAACAAUAUAUCUUUAGAUUGUAUUCAUGCAAAUAAAAAGACUUGGGAUAAAAUUUCAACCCUUCUUGCACAAAUUGGUCCACCAAUUGAAAGUCAGAAGAAAGAUUUUGCUGUCAUUGGAACAAAUCAUUUUGAAACAAAUAAUCAGCUUUUUUCAGAAUUUAUGCGUAGAAAUGCAAACAGAAACAUCGAUUCAAUAAUAUCUAAAGAAAUAUUUUACAAAGGAGGUGUUUCAAAAGAAAAAAGACCAUUAUUUUAUUUAAUUUUACGUAGACUUGAGCCUGAUUACAUUGAUAUGGAUCUUUUAAUGUAUCAUAUUUUACAUAUUAUUGAGCCGUUUAUGACCAAACCGUAUGAAAUCCUCGUUGACUUGACUAAAUUUGGGCAAUCUAACAAAAUUCAAUCUCAAUGGAUUCAACAAUUUAUUCUAAUUCUUCCAUUUCAUAUAGUUGAUAACCUAGCCACAUUAUAUUUUUAUAAUGCAAAUACAGCUUUUAAGAACUUUUCCAAAAAAAUUACAUAUAUCCUUUUUUUAACACUGUUAGAAACAAACAAUUAUAAUUAUGAUGCUGUAUGUGCCAUGGACUACUAUUGGACCUUCCAUAAUACUUUUGCCACACGUGAACUACCUCUUCGUUUUUCCUACUCUUCCGAACCAUCAUCGCUAAAUGUAAGUGACAGUUAUCCUUGGCCUCCGACCUCUUACUAUCCAUACUUCUAUAACCCUACUGUUCAACAACAGAUCUAUAAUGGUGAGCCAGUACAAGUGUUCAGUUGUUGGAAUGGUGUGGUAGUCAUGAAUGCUGAACCUUUUGUGAAACAUAAUGUAAGGUUUCGUGCCUUGAUGCCAUUACUUGAAGAAGGUUUACCAUUUGAGGCAAGUGAAUGUUGUUUGGUGUAUAGUGAUUUUAGAAAAUUGGGUUACAAUAAGAUAUUUAUCAAUCCAAAUGUUAGGAAAAUUGACAUUGAAAGUGAUGAGGAGUGGUAA